AUGAUAUACAGUAGACCCUCUCUAAAUGGUUUGUUCACCAACAGUAAACUGCGACACCAUGCGCAGGGUGAGAGGUUUGGCUACAGAGAGGUUGUUUUAAAAGGAGAUCCUAAGAAGUUGAAUCUCCAUGGGCAGACGUGUGCUGCCUGCCUGGAAGACUUCAAAGUCAAAGACGAGCUGGGUGUGUUGCCAUGCCAACACACCUUUUACAGGAAGUGUCUGGUGAAAUGGCUGGAGGUGCGCUGUGUGUGCCCCAUGUGUAACAAACUUAUCGCAGGACCCCCAGAACAGCGCCACAGCAUAGGAACACUACUGGAUGAACUGGUGUAA